GUGUGGAAAACGCUGGAGAGUACCGAGUCAAUCCUCAUGAACAUGAUUAACGUACCCGACUACGACUGCUCGUCCUACUUCUCCGGCAGCAGGAAGUGUGAGCCACCCCCCAGGAAUCGGGACCAACGACUAGAGACAGAGAGCUUCUACCUGAAGAAGUUUCACGAGUACCUACGAGGCAGCAGCUUAAUCACGCGCUUACUGGCUAAGCGUGACCUAAUCAACUGCCACCUGUCGGACAGCGAAGUAAGCUCCCUGGGAUCUCCGUUCUCUCGGCCACCUAACUCGUCGUCGUCGGCGAAAUCCCGGAAGAGGAAGCAGUGGAAAGUUCCUGUGGAAUGUCGACCGAAACUUUUCGGAGGCAGCAUAGCUGAAUACGUGGAC